AUGGCGCCCGCCUGCGAACAGAGCUAUGGCUUCCUGCCGUGUGCGAACGACCUCUACGGAAGCUUGUUCCUCAUGGCCGUGUACGGCUACAUCCUCCUCAUAGGCGCGGGCUACAUCGCGGACGGCUCUGAGAUGUUGCUGCACAUCCUCGACCCAGGCAUCAUCGGGGGGCUCGUGCUGCCCAUCCUGGGCGCGCUCCCGGACGCCAUCAUGAUCGUCGUGGCAGGUCUGGGGUGCAGCCCAGAGGAGGCCGCGGAGCAGGUCGAGGUGGGCGUGGGGACGCUCGUGGGCUCGACGGUGAUGCUGCUCUCGCUCGCCUGGGGCGGCUCCGUGUGGCUCGGCCGCUGCGACCUCCGCGCGGGGGGCAACGGCACCUCGAUCGACCGCCGCUUGACCAAACCGUGCGACUUCUUCCACACCGGCGUGACCGCGGAGGACUCGACGCGCCCGGGCAGCUGGAUCAUGUCGGCGACGACGGCGCUGUACCUCGUGGUCCAGGUGCCCGCGAUGCUCGGGCACGCGGACAGCCCCGGCGCCGCGCUGGUGGGGUGCAUGAUGUGCAUCGUGGCGCUCGCGGCCUACUGCGCGUACCAGGUGGUGUCGCCGGAGCUGCAGCGGCGGCGCAUCGUCAAGGCGCGCAAGCGCUUCAUGCGGUACCGCCUUAUCGCGCGCAUGCACGGGUCGCUGGGCGGCAUCAUGGACAACAGCGGGAGCGUCAGCCGGCGCAAGUGCGACGAGAUCUUCGCGCUGUUCGACCGCGACGGGAACGGCGAGAUCGACGUGGACGAGCUCGAGGCGCUGCUGAUCGGGCUGUCGGUCGGGAGCGACUCGGCCGCGGUCUCGGCGGUGGUGCGGCAGGUGAUGAGCGACUUUGACAACGACAACAACAACGCGCUCGACCGCGACGAGUUCUUCCACGGGAUCUGCAAGUGGGUCGAGGAGAAGCGCGUGAACGUGCGGCGCCGGUCGUGGCUCGGGUACGAGUCGGGCGAGGACGACCGUGCGGCGCCGGACGUGGAGCAGCCGCUGCUGGCGGGGCCCGGGGGCGGCGCGGGCGACGACGAGGAGCACUCGCUCGAGGAGGUCGAGGAGGACAUGGAGGAGGAGGCCGAGGAGAUCGCGUCGUGGCCGAAGUGGAAGAUCUGCCUGUACGCGGUGGCCAAGAUGGCGUUUGGCACGGCGCUGUGCGGGGUGUUCGCGGACCCGAUGGUGGCCGCGGUGGGCGGGUUCUCGGUCGCGACGGGCAUCCCGCGCUUCUUCAUCUCGUUCGUGGUCACGCCGCUCGCGUCGAACGCGUCGGAGCUCGUCUCCUCGCUGCAGUUUGCCACCAAGAAGCGCACCAAGAACAUCUCGCUGACCUUCUCGCAAGUCUACGGCGCCGUGACGAUGAACAACACCAUGUGCCUCGGCCUCUUCCUCUUCGUCGUGUACUACCAGCGCCUCCCGUGGACGUACACCGUGGAGGUGAUCACCGUGGUGUGGACCACCGCGGUGCUCGGGUGGAUCACGCACAAGGACGUGACCUUCCGCGCCGUCUGGGCGCCCGUCAUGCUCGCCGUGUACCCGCUCGCCGUCGCGCUCUGCUUCUUCAUGCAGAACGUCCUCGGCUGGACCUGA